GAUCCAUGCGCUGCGGGGCGGGGCGGGCGCCAGGCGAGAGAAAGCCCAGAGCAAGACCCUACCUAUUUUCAAAGUCUCUUCACUCCAACUUCUUUCAUCACCCAACGAAAAACUUUUCCCCAUCGUGCAUUCCACCAUCAUCACUUGGGCCUGCGAAAGCCUGACUCUAUCAAAGUUCACUGUCUACCCGACAUCCCCCGCCGCCUGGUCUGGUCCAUCGUUCUAUCUAUCUGUCUAUCGACUGGCUCACCUCAAACUGCCUGCCAUACCCACCACGGCCCAUCUCCCAUCGGCGAAACCGACAUCAUGUCUGAACGUUACAUCCCCGAACAUCGCAGAACUCAGUUCAAGGCGAAGAACACAUUCAAGCCCGAGGAGCUUCGUCGCCGCCGUGAGGAGCAGCAGGUUGAGAUCCGCAAGGCGAAGCGCGAGGAGAACUUGGCCAAGCGCCGUGGCAUUGGCACUGGUGCAGACCGUCCUGGCGCGUCUCUCGGUGCUGCCCCCGACAGUGACGAUGAGAACCCUCCCAGCGAGUCUCAGCUCAACGAGGACCUCCCUCAGAUGGUGGCUGGCGUCUUCUCGGAACAGAUUGACGCUCAGAUCCAGGCCACCACCAAGUUCCGCAAACUGCUCAGCAAGGAGCGCAACCCCCCAAUCGAAGAGGUCAUCAAGACUGGCGUUGUGAGCCGCUUCGUCGAGUUCCUCCGCUCUCCCCACACUCUUGUCCAGUUCGAGGCCGCCUGGGCUCUUACCAACAUUGCCUCGGGCUCUGCUGCGCAGACCCAGGUUGUUAUCGAGGCCGGUGCCGUUCCCAUCUUCGUCGAGCUCCUGGGCAGUCCCGAACCCGAUGUCCGCGAGCAGGCCGUGUGGGCUUUGGGCAACAUUGCCGGUGAUAGUCCCAGCUGCCGUGAUUUCGUCCUGGCCCAGGGUGCCCUCCGCCCUCUCCUUGCUCUUCUCGGUGACAGCCGCAAGCUUUCCAUGCUCAGAAAUGCCACCUGGACCUUGAGCAACUUUUGCCGCGGCAAGGCUCCCCAGCCCGACUGGGCUACCAUUGCCCCCGCCCUUCCAGUUCUCGCCAAGCUGGUCUAUUCUCUGGAUGACGAGGUCUUGAUCGACGCGUGCUGGGCUAUCUCUUAUCUCUCCGACGGUGCCAAUGACAAGAUCCAAGCCGUCAUUGAGGCUGGCAUCCCCCGCCGUCUUGUGGAGCUCCUCAUGCACGCCUCGACCUCUGUUCAGACCCCAGCACUCCGCUCCGUCGGCAACAUAGUCACCGGCGACGACGUUCAGACCCAGGUCAUCAUCAACUGCGGCGCUUUGCCCUGCCUUUUGUCUCUGUUGAGCUCCAACAAGGACGGCAUUCGCAAGGAGGCCUGCUGGACCAUCUCCAACAUCACGGCCGGCAACUCGGCUCAGAUCCAGUCGGUUAUUGACGCCAACAUCAUUCCUCCUUUGAUUCAUCUGCUCUCCAACGGCGAUCUCAAGACGCGUAAGGAGGCCUGCUGGGCAAUCAGCAACGCCACGUCGGGUGGUCUGCAGAAGCCCGAGCAGAUCCGCUACUUGGUUCAACAGGGCUGCAUCAAGCCCCUCUGCGAUCUCCUCGCCUGCCCGGAUAACAAAAUCAUCCAGGUCGCCCUCGAUGGUUUGGAGAACAUCCUCAAGGUCGGUGAUCUUGACAAGCAGGCUGCCGGCGACGGACCCGAGUCGAUCAACAGAUUUGCUCUGUUUAUCGAGGAGUGCGGUGGUAUGGAAAAGAUCCACGACUGCCAGACCAACGCCAACGAGGAGAUUUACAUGAAGGCGUACAACAUCAUCGAGAAGUACUUCUCGGACGAGGAGGAGAACGCGGAUGAGUCUAUGGGCCAGCCUCAGCAGUUUGGCUUCGGUGCGAACGGUGCCCAGCAGGGCGGCCAGGGCGGCUUCAACUUCGGCGCCAAUGGCACCGAGUCGAUGGAUAUGUAAAGAGCCUUGGCGCUGCAAGACAGCACUUGCUCGAAGACGGUUUCUUGGGUUGGGGUCCUUGCAGAGGAAGGUCCUGGCACGGCCUAGAAGACUGGUCGAUCCCAUAGCUCCCAGACUUACCACUCGACGCCGACCAUUCCGCAGUCACAACACCACCAAUAACACACUACCCAAUAUCCCCCACCCAAACACACACACAACACCUCACCCGGGCGUUAUCUUAAUUUUGUUUUCAGCGGCAACCGGCGAGACGACGGAGAGCACGACUAGCAGUGAUGCAUGAUUGGAGGGGCGCGGUUGCCAGCCGAGGAGAGAAGGAGAAAAGAAAAAAAAGGGUCUGAAAGGUAGCUUGAUAGCUCCUACCCUAGCGAGGACACACGAAGGAGCGCGAGCCCAGGCGCGCAGAGGAGGAGGAGGAGGAGGAGGAGGACCAGGCCUGGGGUGGGAGCACACAUGGUCUGGGAGGCUUUAUAACGGAUAUACCCAACCCUUUUGGACGGCCAUUGCUAGUG